AUGUUCAACAGCACAACACGGCAGUUCGGGGCACAAUCAGCAGUUGGCGGCAACAGCACAACACGGCAGUUCGGGGCACAAUCAGCAGUUGGCGGCUCCCUGGAGAUAGCAAAGACGGAAGAAGUGGGUGCGGAGGCUUUACCUAAGGCAACAUACGCCGCACAUAAUGAGAUUUUGUCGGCUCCCACGUUAGAGAUUCCUUGCCGGACAAUGUCGGACACUACGGGCACCGCUGUCGGCCCGGCCGUUUCAGCAGCAAGUGCAAUGGCGAGCAGGGGCAUCUCGACCACUGCAGCGUUAGCGUCGGAAACUGCAGCUGCACUUCUAUCAGCAGCAGCGGAAACAGCAGCAGCAGCCAUGGAGACAGGAGGACACCUCGAUGAAACGCACAUGGGACUGCCUGCAGCAGCAGGCACACAAUUACGGAACAUUGACGUAUAUAAGUCCGACUCUGAACCGAAGGACGCCGAAUCCACAACUGUAGAGGAGGAAGAUGACUUGCCUGCGUUUGCUGACGAGGAGAGCAUCGCAUUGCAUGGCGAGAUACGGGAUAAGGAACGACUACUGUCCAGACAAGGAACAGAGCUUGGGCAGAAAGCUGAGCGAGUAGUGCUCAUGCGGCAACAUCUGCAGCAGUUGAAAGCCGAGGCAGACCAUUUAGAAAACCUCGUGGCUGCAAAGGAAGCCCACAUAAACAGCGACAAACACAUGGAGGGGGUGGCGGUUCGCCAAGCCAGCAAGCUCAGAAGCGAGAUGCAGCAACACCAGCAGCAGCAGCAGCAUCUCCAAUCUAGACUCACGGCACUGCAACUUGACGUUGCUAAGGGACAGGAACAAAUGGAUUGCUUCAAACUGCAGAUGAAGUGGAAUGAAGAGGAACUUGCCCAAUGGCGCUCGGCUGCCCACCAAAAAGAAGAAGACCUGGCUUGCAUCGCCGAGUUCAAGAAAAAAGACGACGUGCGAGCUGCAGGCCUAAUGGCACAGGCACAGAAGGCUUCUGCGGAAGUGACUGAGGCAAAGAAACGCCUACAGGAAGAGCAGACCGCAGCGCGUGCUGCAAGGGCAGAGCUUCAGCGGUCUUUAGAGUACUUUGCCGAGCAGCAGAAAGACAGAGCACUUCUGAUCGCUCAGGGACAACAGAGCCAAAAUAAGGAGCUUCAAGGGGGAAUAGCUAGCUUAGAGCAACAGCUAACUCAGUGCAGGUCGACCUACUCCACUGCAACAAUGGCUGUUAGCCAAUUGACGGAAGAGGUGGCCGGUCUAAGAGGACAGCUCUCCGCUACUGCAACCAGAGGGAAGACCGCAAAAGGGCAGCUAGUCGAGCUCCACGAGAGCCUCGCUGUUCAGAAGCAGCGACUAGACUCCACGAAUAAAAAAAAGGAGGCAGCGCAGAGAAAACUAGCCAAGGAACAAGAGAACGUUCGGUCGGCUGGGGAGGCGGGCGAUGCAAGAGAAGCCUUUCAUACUCAGGUGGCUACCCGGCUGCAGCAGCUGCAACAACGGGUCAAGUCAAGCAGAGACGCUCUCUUUGUAGUCGCGCAAAAGCUUGCGGAGGAAAAGGCAACACUGAAGAUGAAACGUGGGGGAUUAAGUAGCUCGAAAAAUGCUCUGAGGAGUCUUCAAGCCCAGCUGCAACAGCAGGAAGCAGAAAAAAGCCGACAACAGGAACUGCUGUAUUCUAUUGACUUCCAGUGCCAAGCAAUGCAGCGACGAGUCUCCCGCAUAUCGGGUUAUAAAACUGCAGCAGAGACAAAAGCCCUCCAGAAACAGAUGAAGGAACUACAGGCUGAAUCUACACUGCAACAGGAGGAGCAGUCAACGCUCUCCUCUCAAGUCAAGCACCUUGACGGUGAAUUAAGGAAGGCUCAACGGACACUUGCCAGGGUCGAUGAAGAGGACAGUCGCUGCGCUAACAACGUUGGGGACAUUCGCCUGGCUUGCGCGUCCCUUGACCGAGAACUACAAACGAUUGUCAAGCAGAAGGAGAAGCUGGUUCUUGCUGAAUCGCUCAGGAAGCUAGAGGUCACGCGGCUGCAUGAGGAAUUGGAGGCGUGUGCGGAUGCCUCUCUAGAGGCAGAAAACAGGAAAGUGCAACACCAGCUGCAAGUGCAAGAAGUCCUCGCUGCGAUGGAGUUGGAGUUGGAUGGUGCUAGAGGACAGCUGCGAGCGGUGGAGGAAGAGAAACGCAAGCUCAAUAAGGAGGCGGCCGAGAGAAGAUCCAAAAUAUCUGCGCUGGAAGCAAGAUACGAAAACGUUAUGCAGAGCAGCCAGACGGCCGACGGCGCAGGACGCUCCCAGGCUUACUACGUCAUUAGGGUUGGGCAGGAACGCGAGGAGCUCCAGCGGAAGGGUGCUGAAAUGCACCGCAGGCUGCAGAGCGCUAGCGUAGAGGUACAAGGCCUUGAAGCUUCUUUAAGGGAUGUAUCUCUCUCCAACAGCCGGUUGCGCUCGAGACUUCAACGGGAAACCGGAGCCGUCGGAGCUCUACGUGAGCAGAAAGCGGAGAAAGAAGGAGCACUCUUCCUUAGAAAUCACAUGGCUUUUACACAACAACAGCAAAUCUGCUUGCUAAAAGAAGCUAUCGAGAAGGAGGAGCGGUGCCUGGAACAAACGAAGCAGGAGCAUCAGCGCGUUCUGGAGAGACUAAGGGUGUGUCAAACAACUUCGCAGUUGAGAGGCCAUUUGCCUUUUGCAAAGGCCCAAAAGGAGCCUAGAGUCUCUCUCAAGAGACAUGUUGACGAAAAGAGAAAAGACGUGGAGAACGAAAGCAAUAGCGUCGACGAAAAGCUGCAGAGGUCGAUAAAGCAGAGGCUUAAGCUGCAAACAAGUAUACAGAAGCGUCGGCUAGGUGGUGCACCCUCGAGUCAGCCAGCGGAAGCGAACGAAGAAAGCCAACUUUGCAAUGCGGAAAUACAGUAUCAUGCUGAAUGCCUAGAGGGCAUGCUGCAGAGUCUUUAUCGGUCCAUGGGGCCAACGGUGGCUUCCCAGCCCGCUGCACUUGAAACUCUGCAGCGAGCACUAGGAGAGGGUAAGGAUAGCAGAUAUUGCAACACUGUCUAG